GGCGCUCCGAACGUCGGCGGCUGCCGGGUAACAUGGUUACAUGUCAGAGAGUAACACUUGAUCAUGGAACAUGGAAUAAGGCGAAAGCGAGCGAAUCCGCUGCAGCAGCAUCAGCCACAACCGCCUGGAGAGUCUCCGGUGCAAUGAAUUCCGUCGCGGCCAGAGUCUGUCUGCAAGAGGAGAGACCCGCCAGUGAUCUUCUGGGCUUCUGUUAGCAAGCAACUUCGGGUUGGCCUGAUUCCUUGGGCAGGAGACGGGAUGGAGAAGAUGGCGUGGCUGGGGUAUUGAACAGAACCGUGUUCCCCUGCUGUGUCUGGACUGUUUACUCCUGUGAAACUCACAAUGACAGGAUCCAGCUCCAAUGCUUCCCGCAGCCCCCACCCCAAAGGAGAGAAGGGGGGCCGCUCAAGGAGCACGCACGCUCGGCCCAGCAGUACAGCCAACAACGGGGGCUCGGAAGAGGAAGACAAAGAUGGAGGGGUGCUUUUCCUUGUCAACAAAAGUGGCUUCCCUCUUGAUGGGCAAACUUGGGAAAGGAUGUGGGGGCACGUGGCAAAAGUGCACCCCGCAGGCAGAGAGAUGGUAGCUGCCAUCAGGAACGCAGACUGCCUUCCAAAACCUUCAGUGCCAGCCGUGCCAAACUACAAGGCUUCCAUGACUAUCCCAGAAUGGCUUCAGGCAAUACAGAAUUACAUGAAGAUGCUGCAAUACAAUCACACAGGAACUCAAUUCUUUGAAAUUAGAAAAUCAAGACCUUUGAGUGGGUUGAUGGAAACAGCAAGAGAAAUGACCAGGGAAUCUUUACCUAUCAAAUGCCUUGAAGCAGUUAUCUUGGGGAUAUACUUAACCAACGGGCAACCUUCUGUGGAACGAUUCCCCAUCAGCUUUAAAUCCCACUUCUCAGGGAACAAUUUUCAUCAUGUGGUGCUUGGAAUUUAUUGCAAUGGCCGAUAUGGAUCACUGGGCAUGAGCAGAAGGUCUGAACUGAUGGACAAGCCUUUGAUCUACCGAACGCUGAGUGACCUCAUCUUUGAAUUUGAAGACUCCUAUAAAAAGCACUUGCACUCGGUAAAAAAAGUAAAAAUUGGAUUGUAUGUCCCUCAUGAGCCGCACAGCUUUCAGCCCAUCGAGUGGAAGCAGUUGGUGCUCAACGUGUCAAAGAUGAUGCGGUCAGAGAUCAGGAAGGAGUUGGAGAAAUAUGCCAGGGAUAUGAGAAUGAAGAUUUUGAAACCCGCAAGUGCCCAUUCUCCAGUCAAGCAGAGAUCACGAGGGAAGUCCCUGUCACCUCGAAGGAGACAAGCUAGCCCUCAGAGGCGAGCAUGCAGAAGAGACAAAUCGAGACACCUGGAUCCUAUUGAGCUGACUGGAAUCUUCAGGCCAGCUGUAAUGGAUAAGAAGGUGGGUGACUUCUCUACGCUGAACGAAGUAGGCUACCAGCUGCGCAUCUGACAGAAACACAGGCCAAACAAGGUGGCUUCCAGGGUGCUUCUGACCGCACUUUACCCUGUGUUCUGUGGACAUGAGUGGGGGAGGGAAGGGGUUGCAACUAUUUAUGAUGGACAUAAGGAUUUUGUUAAGUUUUUACCUAGAAACUAGGAAUCCUAGAAUUUGAUGGUAUUAUUAUUAUUAUUAUUAUUGUUUUUUAAAUCCAUGAAGUGGAAUCAAGAAAAAGGGAAAUUCAAACUUCUAUUCACCUCUGAUAAUGUUAUUAAUCUCUGUCCAGUUAAAAGGGGUGGUAAUGUGGCGUGGCUUGGUUUUGUUUGGAUUGAAAUCAUUGUUUCUAUAAUGGCUGUUUUUCAUUGGCUUAGAGCAUUGUGUGAUGUCUGUAGGAUUUAGGAACGGCGGUGAUGAAAGUAUAUUCCUCGGUAUUGUUCUCAAAAGGUGCUGGAGGGCAGCAGGUUGCAGGUCCGUGGCACAGUAUGAAGAGAACUUCUCUCGUGGAAAUCCCAUCAGAAAGUAAUGGGAUUUGCAAAAG